AGGAUAUGAAGUCAGAACAUGAGAACACAGCAGAAGAAUGGAGCUGAUACACUACUGCUUAAUCGCCCUUGUAGCUCUGGCAAAUGCAGAAUUUGAAGAGCCCACAGCAGCCCGAGUGCUGGCCAACAUCACAUUGAGUAAAGGUGAGAUCCAGGUGUUCACAGGGGAAGAUCUGAAGAUCACCUGCAGCGUGCCUGAAGACCCCUCAUCCUCCUGGAGGUACAAGUGGUUUCGGGAUGGUGCUGAAAUAGGUUUGGAUGGUUUCCGAGAGAUUCGUAUUGAGCACAGUGGAGAAUACAGCUGUCAGGCAGAGAAGGACACAGAGAAACGGCCCUUUGUUUUGAGCACUCUUCCCAGUCUGCCUCUCAACCUGCACGUGGAUCGUGGAUGGGUGCUCUUACAGACACCAGCUACACCUGCAAUUAUUGACGAUACCGUGAUACUGACGUGUCGCAUUAGGAACAAUCCCAUGGCAAGAGAGGUUUGCUUCUAUAAGGAGGCGUCUGAGAUUCAGUGCCACAACAGUAAACAGUUGAUUCUGACUCGUGCAACGCUUGAAGAUGGAGGUAUUUACUGGUGCAGGGCAUCGUGGAUACAGGGUAAUGAAUUACACUCGGCUCAGUCUGUUCCCACUCCUGUCACUGUACUAGAUAAGUUGAACACGCCGCAGUUGGCGAUUGUUUCUGGUCGGAUCGUUCUUGGGCAGGAAGUGCAUUUAAGAUGUAACACCCAGCUGAACGUUAAACGGGAAGACCUUCAUAUCGAAUACUACUACAUGAAAAACAACAGCUGGCUGGCACCUUCCUCCUCCUCCAACACAUUCAUCAUCAGAAACGUACAACACCAGGAUGCGGGGACGUACACCUGCAAAGCCAAAGUGAGAAUUCUGGAUGUGGAGAGGUUGAGCGACAGUCUGGAACUGAAGGUCCGUUAACCUGCGCUCCGAGUGGACCUGAUGACAAAAGCAGAAUUUUACCUGAAGAAAUCUUUUAACACCAUCAGCCAAGCUCCUGAGGAAGACGGAAUAAAGGAAGAUGUCAUGUUACUUGCAGAAUUUUCACCUUGCCACAAGAAAAUUGGAGCCUCAUUCAAGCUAUGUGCUUGAUUUUAUUACAAGUGCUUAGAAACCCAACAACCUAAAGCCUACAAUGUGAUAUGUGUUUCAUACAGUACUACAGUAUGUUAUAUAUGAUUUGACAUUACAUGGUUUAUAUGUAUACUCUGUUGACCCUACAAUACAGAUCAUUUACUCUCUCAUUUGUGUUGUCAAAAUGCCUGAUGUAUGAACAUAAAAUAAAGACUAUUCCAA